AUGCCCUCCCAAAGACCAACCUACAAAUCCCCUCUAGAAGGCUACGAAAAUGCCCCUCCCCCCCCCACCGAAAGGGCCGAAGACGGCAAGAGUCUCCUCAACAUCCAAACCGGCGUCCUCAGCAGCGCCUACGAAAAGUUUCCCGAGCCCUUAGACAACGGGCGACGAGGUGCCUUCGACGUCCACAUCUACCACCUCCCCAACCACCCCGCCCAAGCCCAGUACGCCGCCGAGUUGCACUCCCGCAUCCGCCGUGAAUUCCCAGAGUUACGGAUCUACACCUUCUGGAGCAAACCCGUCGGUCCGCACCCGAUCGCCAUGUUCGAGGUCAAUAUCUUUACGCCGGCGCAGUUUGGCGCUUUUGUCGGGUGGUUGGCGGUUUGGAGAGGUCCGUUGAGCGUGUUGAUUCAUCCGAAUACGACGGAGAAGACGAUUGAGGAAGGGGGGGAGAUGAGUGAGGCGGAGAAGGAGGCGAGGAAUCAUACGGAGAGAGCGAUUUGGAUGGGGGAGAGGGUGGUGUUGAAUACGGAUUUGUUUUGGGAGGUUAUGGAUCACUAA